CCAAUUGGUCGGAACAACAAUGUGACUCAAGUCUAAGGUAUAUAUAUCAUAUGAAUUACUGAGAGGACAAAUAAAAGAUCGGAUAAAUAGUUAAAGUAAUAUUUGAAUGAGUCAAUUGAAUCUUAACGUUAUCAAGCAAUUAAAUACCAUUAGGCAGGUACCUAUCAAAACUGAGGAGUGAGGAAAGAACACCCCGCCAUCGAAAAACUACUGGAAUUUUGACAACCCCACCAAACCACUAACCCACUAGAACCCUCAGCCAAUUCAGUCCAACUUUCACAUACAUCCCACCUUCAGCCUUCAGUGAAGUUGAUAACCGACCUGUGUCGCAUUUAUAUACAACAGCCGCAUUGCAUCUAGAAAAUAUUGGGGAAGAUUUAAUACCGCUCUCGACAAAUCCCGAUUAAACACGCGCAACUAUGGCUGCCGUGGAAGAACUAGCCCAACGGCUUAAGAACGACGAAAAGACCUUCAUCGAUUCUGACGCCGGUCACGACGACGAGACUGCUGACGGUUCGGAAUUUAAACCCUAUAAAUCGCUUGCCUACGCCUACAUCCAGAACUUUGGAAAGCCUACUCCUCAGUACCAGACCCGAGCUUCUGUUACUGGCCCUGUCGGUCCUGACGAAGACCCCUCCGUGCGACUAUUAUGGAAAGAACCUGCCAAGAGCGCCGUGAAGAAAGCCCAAGGUGCUCUGGAUGCACACAAGAAAAAGGUCCAAAAACAACAGCAGGCUGCCGCUGCUGAGGAACAACUCAAGAAGCAAAGACAGCAGACACUCGAGGCUGCUAAGAAGAUAGUGCUCAAGCAAGAUGAGUCACUACCGAAACCAGUCAAAAUCAAGAUCAACCGCAAGGAUAUUGAGCUUGGGGAUGGUGAUAAGAAGGGUACACGAGUCAAGGUCUUCGGAAGAAUCCAUCGUCUAAGAGAGCAGAAACAAGCUACUUUCAUCACUUUGGUUGACGGAUACGGACAAUUACAAUGCAUUUUGGCUGCUGGUGACCUGACCAAGACCUACGAUGCUCUAACUUUCGCUCAAGGAACAUCUCUUGCCCUGUACGGUGAAAUGCGCAAGGUACCUGCUGGACAGACUGCCCCUGAUGGCCGAGAGUUGCACGUCGACUACUACGAGGUUCUAGGCCCAUCGCCAAGUGACGAGGAAACCAUCACCAACAAGGUUUCUGCUCAGCAGAACCAGUGGGACGCCCAGAUGCUUGACAACCGACAUUUGGUCCUGCGGGGCGAGAACGCCUCUGCGCUCAUGAAGAUCCGCGCUGCUGUAGAGGGAGCAUUCCAGAAGGUCUAUGAGGAGCUGCAGAUCACGAAGGUAUCCCCGCCUGCUCUAGUGCAGACUCAAGUCGAGGGCGGUGCUACUCUCUUCAGUGCGCCUUACUACGACGAGACGGCCUAUCUUACACAGUCUUCUCAAUUAUAUCUCGAGACCGUUAUUCCUAGCUUAGGAGACGUCUACUGCAUCGAGAAGUCAUUCCGUGCCGAGAAGAGUUUAACGCGUCGUCACCUUUCGGAGUACACACAUAUCGAGGCUGAGUUGGAUUAUAUCGAGUUUAGUGAACUGUUGGACCAUCUCGAAGAGGUCAUCUGCCGGGUCAUUGAUAUCGUCUUGGCCAACCCGACCAUUGCUGCUCAUCUGAAGGAGCUCAACCCCACUUUCCAGAAGCCUUCUCGUCCUUUCUUGCGCAUGAAGUACACUGAUGCCAUUGACUGGCUCAACGCGCAAGAUCCUCCUAUCCCGAACGAAGAGGGCAACCCUCACGUGUUCGGAGAUGACAUCGCUGAAGCUGCCGAGCGGAGGAUGACCGAUAUCAUCAACCGACCCAUUUUCUUGACGCACUUCCCUGUCGAGAUCAAGGCUUUCUACAUGAAGAAGGAUCCCUCGGACCUCCGUGUGACUGAGAGCGUGGAUUGCUUGAUGCCGGGUGUCGGUGAGAUUGUCGGUGGCAGUAUGAGAAUGGAGAACUACGAAGAGCUUCUCGAGGCAUAUAAGAAGCAGGGUAUCGACUCCAAGGAUUACUACUGGUACACCGAUCAGCGAAAGUACGGCACUUCUCCCCACGGUGGAUAUGGUCUUGGCCUUGAGCGAUUCCUUGCUUGGAUUGCUAACCAGCACACCGUCCGCACGACUUGUUUGUACCCCCGCUUUAUGGGCCGAUGCAAGCCUUGAGCGGUGAUGGUAUGCGCCUCCUUCUUAGGUAUCCGGUUCUCCGCGAAACUUACCGCUGAGACCUAGGAAUAACAUGCGAAGAUGGAUACGGUG